AAAAAAAAAAAAAAAAAAAAAGACACUUUCCAAACGAUUCGUUAGGUAGAGCAGAGCGGGACGGUAUUUCUGCAAUUCAGUGCCGUCGUAGCGGAGACUUUGGGGUUUCCGGCCGGGAAUCGGUACUCGUGUUGUCACGGCAGAAGAAGCCCUAGAAAUCCUUCAAUCCUCUUCCUCAGCUGCAUGCGCAUAAUUUGGGCAAGUCCGUAAAUGUUCGCGCGGUGUUAAUACCAGCCGCAGCUUAGUUUUUGCGAUUUCAUUUCAAUGGCCUCGUCCAAGAGAAAUAAUUACAAAGAGAAGCUAACCCGACGCAAAGAGGAGAAGGCAGAAGAACAGGAAGUGCCCAAAUAUCGAGACCGAGCAAAGGAGCGCAGGGAAGAUCAAAAUCCCGAUUACGAGCCCACUAAUUUAGGAUCUUUUCACGCGGUUGCUCCUCCCGGGACCGUUGAUCUCCGGUCGGCCGAUGCGCACAAGAUAUCUAUUGAAAACAGCAAGUACCUUGGAGGUGAUGUGGAGCACACACAUUUGGUCAAAGGUUUGGACUAUGCUUUGCUUCAGAAAAUAAGAAGCGAGAUUGACAAGAAGCCAGAUGCUGGAGAUGAUGCUGAUGGAAAAUCUAGAGCAUCAAAGAAAGAUCAGCCUUUGUCAUUUCGUACCACAACUGCAAAGUCCGUGUAUCAAUGGAUGGUCAAGCCCCAAACAACUAUCAAGUCUAAUGAGAUGUUCCUUCCUGGUCGAAUGGCUUUUAUAUUUAACAUGGACGGUGGAUUUUCUAAUGAUAUUCCAACCACCCUGCAUAGAAGUAAAGCUGAUUGCCCUGUUCCAGAGGAAAUGGUUACUGUUAGUGUUGAUGGUUCUGUGCUUGAUAGAAUUACUAAAAUCAUGUCUUAUCUUCGCCUUGGAUCAUCUGGGAAGGUUUUGAAGAAGAAGAAGAAGGAAAGAGACAUUAAAGGAAAAAUCUCAGCUCUUGCCAAUGAAUUUGAUGAAGAUGAGAAAACAUCAAAGAUGAAUGGUGGUGUGUCAAAGAAGCAAGUGGAGAGAGAAAUGCAACUGCCAGCUCCACCCCCUCCCAGAAAGAGUAAUUUUGAAUCUGGAGAGAAACAGGGCCCAACUGCUGCUAGAGUUGAAGAAGAAGAUAUAUUUGUUGGGGAUGGCAUUGACUAUGCUAUUCCUGGAAAAGAUAUGAGCCGAAGCCCUAUUUCAGAAGAUAUGGAAGAGUCCCCUCGACAUAAAGAAAAAAUUUCUUAUUUCAAUGAACCUGCUUAUGGUCCAGUUCCACCCUCCAAUGAAUGGCAACAAAUGAAUGGGUAUGAAGCUAUGCAGGCUCAAGCAGUGGCUGCUGCUUAUCAGGGAGAGUGGCAGGACUUUCAAUAUGCUGACCAACUGGCUUACCCUGAGCAAUACCUCCAACAAAGCAUGCAGACUUAUGAUGUACAAGCAGAUUUAAGCAUUCCACAGGACCCACGAUUCAUGACUCAAGAAGAGAAGGAUCGGGGUUUAGGAUCUGUGUUCAAGCGGGAUGAUCAGAGGCUUCAGCAGCUGAGGGAAAAAGAUGUCCGGGAAAAGGAUCCCAACUUCAUAUCUGAGAGCUAUUCUGAAUGCUAUCCUGGAUAUCAAGAGUAUAAUCGUGAGGUUGUGGACAGUGAUGAUGAAGAUGAUUUGUCAAAAAUGGACAUGGGGGGACGGGCAAAGGGUCGUCUUCAUCGCUGGGACUUUGAGACAGAGGAAGAAUGGGCGGCAUACAAUGAGCAGAAGGAGGCAAUGCCAAAGGCUGCCUUCCAGUUUGGUGUAAAGAUGCAAGAUGGUCGAAAGACAAGGAAGCAAAAUAAGGACCAGAAACUUACCAAUGAACUGCACAAAAUCAACAAGAUUCUUGCCAGGAAGAAGAUGGAGAAGGAGAUGAAUGAGGAUGGGGGCCAUUAUGAUGAUGAUUUACAGCCUGGAAAGAAGCUUCGGAUAUGAAAAUUGGAUGUUGGUCGUGACUUCUAUUUAUAUAAUUUAAUUGUUAAAGUUCUUUGUAUUUGAAACAAGCAAGGUGCCAAAUUUUCAGGGCGGAAGGCAAAAUUCUCAACUUCUUAAUAUUAGAAAUGCAUGUUUGCUUCUUCUUUAA